AUGCCGACUUGGGAUCCAUCACGCCUCUCUUCAUUGGUGCUUUCCUAUAUACGCCAGCACCCAAUUAUUUUUACAUCUGCUGUUGCUAUCGUUCCUCUAGCAGCUCUAGCUAUGCCUUCAUAUCGUGGCUAUAUCGACCUUGGCCCCGGCGGUCUCCCACAUAACGUCUUUGGCUGGCUUCUUCAAGAGACUCUGCGCCCACUCAGUCUGAGCAGCACUACCGAUCUAGGCGUCUUUCAAAAGACUGGAGUUUCAGCUCCUUACGAACCGCAUGGCAACACACGAUUUCUCCAGGAACCGCUCGCGCAACGUCGAGGUGACCGGCCAGUCAUUCCCAAUUACGUGGCGCCUCAGAGGCAGGCCACAGAAAAAGGCGAUGCUGCUCUAGUCACCCGGAUGAAUAACCAUUUGAGAGAUUUGUCCAGUCAUCACCCAGACAAGCUGGCCGUGAAGGCAUCUGGCUUGGAGGCCAAGGAGAAUCCUGCAUUAUUCGUGAUUAUCAACCCGCUGCCAAAAUACCUGGAGAACGGCACAAAGGGCGAAAUUGUUCACGUACAUGGAGAAGCAAGUUCUCACAUGGUUCUUAGCCUAACUGACGCGAAGGAAGCCUUGGCAAAGGGUUGGGCCGAGUUGCACCCGCUCAGUGGUGUGAUGGGACGCAUUCCAUUGCCGUAUGUCAUGAUAUAUGCGCCACGGGAUGAGGAGGAGUUUGGGCAAUGGGCAAGAUUUGUGGACGCAGCUGUAGCAUUUACUUCUGCGGGGAAGGAAUAG